ACUGAGAUCUCAAAAAUCAGCGAACAAAAAUGCCUGAACUUGCGAAGGCCGUGUCCAAGAAGGGCUCCAAGAAAGCCGUCGCCAAGGCCACGACAAAGUCCGGCAAAGGGAGAAGAAAGACCCGCAGGGAGACCUACGCCAUCUACGUGUACAAGGUGCUGAAGCAGGUGCACCCCGACACCGGCAUCUCGUCCAAGGCCAUGAGCAUCAUGAACUCGUUCGUCAACGACAUCUUCGAGCGCAUCGCCUCCGAAGCUUCCCGCCUGGCGCAGUACAACAAGCGCUCCACCAUCACGUCCAGGGAGAUCCAGACCGCCGUCCGCCUCCUCCUCCCCGGCGAGCUGGCCAAGCACGCCGUGUCCGAGGGCACCAAGGCCGUCACCAAGUACACCAGCUCCAAGUAAACCUGCGGCUUCAUCCUCUGCAAACCACCCAAAGGUUCUUUUAAGAACCACCAACUUCUUCUUGAGAGGCCUCCGUUUGUGUUACACAUCUGGAUGGUGUGUGAUUUAAUAUAAUAAGUGGUUUAAUUACAUUUUCAUAAGCUCAACUUUCAGCAGAAAAUAUAUUUUUCUCAUUUAUAGGGUAACAUACCGUAGGGUUUGCAACUGUCAUGAAAUAAUAUUGCAAUUCUGCCAAGUUACUAAAUUUGACAUUGUUUAGUCCCUAACUUCUACUAUUGUAAAUGCAAUGAGGAUUUCCAUCCAUUUUCUUUGCUCCUAUCCUCACAAGGGUUGCUGAGAGUGCUGGAGCCAAUCCCAGCUAUCAUUGGGCAGAGCUGGUCGCCAGCCAAUCGCAGGGCACAUCGAGACAAGCAACCGCGGGUGCUCACAAUCACACCUAGGGGCAAUUUAGAGCAAAGGUGUCAAACUCAAUUUUGUCACGGGACAAAUUGUUCUGUUUUCCCUCAGAGGGCCGUUAUGACUCAAAUAUUUAGUCAUCUCAUCAUAUUUAUAUCAAUUUUAUAAGCUAGUUUUGGAAUCUGAAAUCAAGGGUGAUGUUUUUCAAAUAUUUACAUUUUGGUAACACAAAAAUCCUUGUAAUAUCUCAGCUUUAUUAUUUGUGAUGUAUGACAAUUUGAAAUUUUGCUUCAGAUUUUUGCAAGAAUCAUGUAAAUCGACACGAGAUUUAGCUUCACAUAAAAUCAUGUGGUGGGCCAUAUCUGGCCCCCAGGCCUUGAGUUUGACACCUGUGAUUUCGCGUCUCCAAUUUAUGCAUGUGGGAGGAAACGAGUGCCCGGAGAAAACCCACACAGGCACGGGCAGAACAUGCAAACUCCACACAGGCGGGGCCCAGGAUUCAACCCGGGUCCUCAGAUCUGUGAGGCCAAUGCUUUACCAGUACUGAAGCAUACAU